AAGACGCACUCCGAUGAUCAGCUGUUGGACGAAAACAUUGCUCCGCGCGAGAGGUGAAGCGUAGUCAGACACAACACAAAACCAGCCUCCAGGAUGGGUGGAAGCACCUCCAAAUUUAAAAGAUGGAUGGGAAGUCGAGAGGAAGACGUCGGGGGAUGCGAGAAGGCGGUGAAGAGACUCGCGACGCCAUUUGUGUACACGAGAAGAGGUUCAGCGGAAGACAGCGGAGCAGGUGAGAGAUCUGUCAAGAGGCUCGCCACUCCCUAUGUAUAUACCAGAAAAGGCUCAAUGUACUUUGAUGAGGACGGAGACGUGGCUCAUGAGUUUUAUGAAGAAGUUCCUCCAUUAAGGCGUGGGGUGAAGGCGACAAUGCGGAGAAUACUCACCAAUUUAACUCCACAGGGUGAUGUUCGGCUACCCUUCCCAUGCCUGCACGUAGACUUUCCUAUCGUCCUUUACCAAGACAGCUGAGAAGAGGAGGGGGAAGGGAGCUUUAUGAACUACUGGGCAUGCCAUUUACCAGACUUCGAAGCCAUGGUCGAGGAGCUUUCCAAGUGUUGAAAUUCUCUGAAAAGAAGAAAAGAAAUUCUUCGUGAAUGUUCUGUAGGAAAUUCAACACGAUAAAGGAAUGGUCUUCCCCUCCCCCUGUCAACCUCCUUUUUACCCUUACUCGGAAAAGGAAAAAAGAGAACAGUUUGAAUGAUGGAAGAUUCCUGACACCCUUCCUUCAAAGAGAGGUUGUGGUGCCCCUAUCUAGUCUUUAAGCAAUGUGAGCAGCAUUAUGGGAGUCUCAAAGGAAUUUAGUCCCAUCCAGUUGUUUCAGACCUUUAUUGUUGUGUGUAUAAUAGUUCUGCCAUAAGUCAUCCUUAACUUUUUUCAGCCUUCUUUUCUUAAUGUGUGGAGUACCUGACCACUCCCAAGAAUUAUAGUUGUUUGUAUGUACAGUGCGGCUUCUUUUGCCCUUUCCUUAAUAUAUGCCGGGUUGUGAUACCGUGUGAUCCUGUUGGAGUGUGUUUCAUCUGAAGACAGAUGCAAGGUGUACCCUUGUUUUGACAAAAAAGGUGAAUUGAAUCAACUUUUAAAAGAAGGAAAGAGCAAGUAAAAUUUUGAAUGAUCAGUAAUUGCAGUUGCUAUUACAAGUCCACAAGUGUAUUGGAGUCACACAAAAUUAGGUCACAAAGACUUGAAAACAUUUUUUUGGCCUUAUCUUGCUCAGGAUAGGCACAUCAGAAAAAUUAUGUCUGACCUCAGAAAAGUUACCUCCUCGUACUCAAUUACAUAAGUGAUUCCGUUGUUUGCAGUACUGCGAGAAGUACGAAACACAGAAUUGAAAUAUGUAGAUGAAGAAAAAAUGAAUCAGAAGGACAGAUGUUGAAUACUCAAAUGGAAAGUGGCAGUACAACACACAAUAUUACCUGAAGGUCUGCAAAGAUCUCUUUACAUGCAUGUGGACAAUCAAGCAAACAUGCAGUCUCAAAUUUGAGUACAGUUUUGUUCCCUCGAUAUUUUACCUUUAUUGGAUAUCCUUUUUAAAGCACCAAGUUUUAUUUGGUGUUGAGGCUUACAAGUGUUGUGUUUUCAUGUAACCCAUAAUGUCUGUAUGUAUGUGUCUUACUCUGUAAUGGAAGAGGAAUGCAGAAGCCACAAAGCUGGGUGAAUCCUUGAAUCCUUAAUUCAAAUAGAAUAUAUAUGUACUCUUCCAAUGUUGUGUGUAUGGAAAUGUGUAAAUAUAUAUAUAUAUAGAUAUGAUGUGUGUAUAAUAAACUUAUGCAUAUAAAUGAUGAAAAACA